UAAACAAGGCAUAUUCGCAUUUUAACCGUCUGAGGUCGCAGUUUGAACUUUCGAUUUCGACCGUGUACGCGUGUCGCGCGUCUAAAGUCCGUUCACACCGCCGCGACAAUAGAAAAAUGUCGACGUUAACGCGCGCGAACAGCAACAACCGCAGACCCCAGUACAAGGACUACGUGUCCUUCCUGGAGAGCUACAAGGGUGGCAAAAAGGACGACCAACGCAGCGUUGCCACCUCGGACAGCGGGGUGAACUUUUCGCUGGCUAGUUCAUUGAACAACUCGUCGAGCAGCGUGUAUUCCGACCUCAGCGACCACCACCACGAUACCAAAAGGCACACCGUGAACUUGCCGCCCCCGAAACAACAGAAAAACAUGGUAAAGACCGAGAUGUUUAUAGAGAUCAGGAAUCCCGAAGACUCGAGAGUGUUCGAGGUCACGCCCGGCGACUCUCAGCUGUCGGUGAGUUCGACCGCCAAGAUUUUCGAAAAUAUCGGCCAGGAAAACGGCACGAAGCAAAACGCCUCAAAGAAAACGUCCAUCGGGGAGAUUUCGAAGAUAUUCGAAGCCCCGCCCGCCUCCAAACUCACUUUGAAGAAAGCCAACAGCAUCAGCGAGGUGUCCAAAGUGUUCCAGAAUGGUAACUCGAAGCCGAAGAACUUCAACACCACCCCCAAGCCGUUCCAGACGCUCCAGAAGCCGGCUAUCACCUCCCCCAAGCCGGUGUUCGAGCCUCACCAUUUCCCCAAAUCUCCCAGUACGGUUUCGUCGGUGUCGUCGCUUUCGACGUCACCGUCGCCGCCCCAGUCGUUGAGUCCGCCGCCUCCGGCGCCGGUUUGCCUUUCCCCUGCUCCGGUGGUGGCCUCGCCACCACCGCCGCCCCCCCCGCCGUUACCGCCGGCUGAUUUUGGUUCAAAAUCUGCUUCGAAUGGGAUCGCGAAGCAGAACGGUGGACCACCAGCUAGAAUGUCGGCAAACGGUGCGACCGAUGGGAUCGACGGGAGGAAUGGGGUGAACAAGAACGACCCGAGGGUGAAGAAGAUGGUGUACGGAGCUUUGAGGAAUAUGUACGGGGCGUAUCACGACAAAGCCAACGACUAUAUAGCGACGUUGCCCAAGAAUAGGGUGAGGAAGAACAACGGAUUGGAUAGCAUUAUCGAUAGCAUAGCGUCGCAAGGCGGUCUGGAUAAGCUCACCGGCAGGACGAACCCCAACGUGGAAGCUGAUUAGCACGUCAACCUAACCUAGACAAGUCCUGCGUUUUAUUUAUAUAUAUAUAUAUAUAUUUUCUGUGAAAAUCAAUGUAUAGUGUAAAUAUUCAGCUUUUAUUGUUAUAUAUACCGUUAUUGUAGCCGCUUAACGUCGAGACUGUAUACCCCGUGCUAUGUUUACUCUAGGAAAUAAAAGUUUAUGUAUUA